AUUAAUUCUCGCGUUUUCUGAGGUUUUUUACUUGAUUUCUAUUCAAAAAACAUUCAGAAAUUAGGAAUUUUAAUAUUCUGUAAGAGAUUUCUUCAUUCGAUAAGGAAAGAAAUAAUUUACGAAGCAACCAGCUACGAAUCAAAAUAAGAAGUGAGCAUCGGAAUAUUAAUAAUAAAUAAUAAAAAAAUUGCAUAAAGUUUCCACGGAAAGGAACAAAAAGUGAAAAAUUGAAUUAAAAAGUUUUUGGUAAAGUGCAAAGAUUGUAUUUACCAUAAAAAUAUUACGACGAAGUUAUUCUUAAAAAAAGAGUAAUAUUUUGGACAAACUUAAGCAGAGCGCAUGCUUUAAAGUGAAAUUUUUGUAUGACACUUAUGUAGGAAGAAAGAAGACGACACUUUCCACAGGAAUAAUAAUAAUCAGGAGUAAAUACAAGAAAAAACCGAGGAAUUGAAAACAAAUCGAUCUUGUCUUGUACGGAUAGUUUGUGAUACGACAAAAAACUCACAUAAACACAAAAUAUCUUCAAAGUGACGUACAUCAAUAUUUAAAUAUAGAAGAAAAAACGUACUGAACGCAAUUCAGGCUGAUUAAAUUAUUGUAGAGCAGUAAUAAAGACAAGCAAACAGACAGAAAAGUCAAAAUGGUGGAUUAUUAUAGAACACUCGAAGUACCAAAAAAUGCCACAGAAGCUGAGAUUAAGAAAGCAUACAGAAAAUUAGCACUCAAAUGGCAUCCCGACAAGAAUCCAGACAACGCAGAUGAGUCUCACAAAAAGUUUAAAGAGAUUUCGGAAGCUUAUGAGGUGCUAUCAGACAAAAAGAAGAGACGUGUUUACGAUCAAUAUGGUAAAGAAGGUUUAGGACAGAAUGGCGAACGUCAUCACAGACAUAGACGCACACACGGAUACGAAAAUGGUUAUGAUCCAUUCUUCGAGCAAUUCACAUUCAGAGAUCCCGAGGAUGUGUUCAGAGAAUUCUUUGGAUCAUCGCCUUUUGAUAGUAUUUUCAGAAGUAAUCACUUCACAUCGACUGUUCCUGCAACACGCGGAGGCCAUCAGUACAUCUCAAUCCCAAUGUUCCAACCCUUCAGCAACUUUGAUUCAUUUUUCAGCGAUUCAUUUAGCAGUAGUAACAUGGCAAUGAACGGAAAUGGUCAUGGCGGAGGCGGAGCAGCUGUGAAACGAACUUCGACUUCUACAACAUUUGCAAAUGGCAAGAAAAUUACGACAAAGAGAGUCUUCGAAAAUGGCACCGAAACAGUCAUGAAAUACGAAAAUGACGUUCUGAAAGCGAAAACCGUUAACGGAGUCCCACAAGCGAUUAGUUACAACCAUUAAAUCCCGUUUUUGCCGCUCGUAGUUCGUAACAUUCAUUAAUUCAAACACAUAAAAAGCGCUUCUACAUUUAUUCUAACAUGAAAAACAAAACAGGAUUCACCAAAUUCAUUAAGAGGAGCUGCUUUCAUGAAAUCAAUUGAAAUACUACACCAAAUUUGAUUUAAGGACACACAUUAUUUUUCUUUCACACGUGCAAAUGAUUUGCUGAAGAAAAAUAAAAAAAAUAUAAAUGUUAGAAAAUUAAUGAAAAAGAAACUAAUGAACUAAAAGACUUAUCUUCAAAGAAUUGAUUUACGAUAAUUUUUCACAAAAAUUUUUUUUAUUCGC